AUGCCCGCUUACCAUUCGACAUUCCUUGCUGAGGAGUCCCAAGAUGUGAGAACUAUUGGUAAUCUAUCUUUAUUACCAAUUCGCACAAAGUACCGUGGACCAGCAUUUGAGCCAGACCAAGACUAUGAUAUUGUAGAGGAAACAAUUGACUUAUUUCGACCCAACUCAUUUUUCAAAAAUUUCGAAAUCAAAGGAAAUGCCGAUAGGUUGUUGAUUUAUGGAAUUUUAUUCAUUAGUGACUGUUUGAGCAAGCUCAACAAGACAAUGUCAUUUAGAGAGGCCACUAGAGUUUUAAGCAAUUUAAGUCUCGAUAACUUUGCCUUACCAGGAGAUGUGAAUUUCCCAUUAAACUCCUUAUAUGCACCUCCUAAAACGAAAUCGGAAGCAGAAUUAUUGAGGAGCUACUUGACCCAAUUUAGACAAGAGUUGGCGGAAAGGUUGUUAACAAGAAUAUACCAAGACGACGAGAAUGUUCCAAGUAAAUUUUGGUUAUCAUUCACGAGGAGAAAGUUUAUGAAUAAAAGUUUAUAA